AUGCCAGCUGCUUCGCGCGAAGCCAGUGCCGGUGCCGCUGCCGCGCUGCCGUCCGGGGAGAAGGUCGAUGAAUUUUUCCAGUUGCUCGAACAGAGGCUUCCUUUCCCAACGCAGGCUUUGGAACGUUUGGUGCGGCCAGAGCUGCUGCAGCACUGGAAGGACCUCGGCGCAACACAGAGCGUAGCCUGGCCCUGGGUGAUGAUCUGCGAGCUUUCAUUGGUGAGCUUUCUGACGCCCAAUGCUCGGUUUCAGCCACUCCCGAGCUUCUCAGUGUACUCUUUGACAUGGACGUUUUUCUUACAUCCCGGCAGCUGCCACACGUCCAACCUCCUUCGCUUGUACCACAAUGUCCUUCACGGCUUGGAGGAAAAAGCCAAUGAGGACCGGAAGGCCAUGCGCACACGACUCCGCCAACAUGCCAUGCCAGGUGCGCAGGGGCAGGCUGCACUGAAAGAACGCUUGAAAAAGCUGCAAGACAUUACCUUUCGCCUGGGCACUGGGUCGCUUGAGGGCAUCGGUCUGCGCAUUGCAUCCUUCCUGGGCUGGACUAGCCUCUUAGUGGACCGCUUUUACCGAGUGUAUCAAGCACACGCCACAGAGCACCGGGAUGAGCUGAUCUUCUCCUAUCAUCUGGGGUACCCCUUUGUCAACUACACGUUUGCCCCCGACAACGAGAAUGAGGCAAAGCAGCUCUUCGUGAAGCACUUCGACCACCAUGCGACCCUCCAGGAAGAGAACUACCUCGUUCAGCAUGAAGCUUCAAAACGGCACGGAAAACUCAAGGGCAAACAUCUCCGCCUGGCUUUGAACUGGGCGAACCUCCAGUCGGCAUUUGCCGGCGUGGAGCCAACAGCUUGGCCCACGCAAAUCCCUGCCUCCGCAAUGCAGGCGGCUGAGCUGCUAGGGCGAUAUUGCGAGGGCGUCACAGACACCAUCUACGAGUUCCUCGAUCGCAGCAGGCCCGCUCCAGACCAACAAGUCCCAGGCGCCGCCCCCAAAGAAGAGCGCGGCCAGGUGGGCAGGAUGCAGCGGUUGCUGCACAUGACUUUGGAGCAGCUUCUGCAGCAAUACCCUGCAGCCGCUAACCCUCACCUCCAGGGGUUUCUUUGCUUGCUGCUGAAGAUGCAGACCGUUUGGCUGGACUCCACCCUUCUGCGGUCGCACUGCUUCGUCCGCGAUAGCUUGCCCCAGGGUUCGGCUGAAGCAAAAGCGCAGUUGGUGAUGGUUGGCUUGGCCAUGCUGGCCAAGCUCCAGCUUGCAACGGCCGCCUUGUCUACCAACAUCAAUGGUCCACGCAAGUUACUUGCAGUGAAGCGGUCUGUUCCCCGUGACCAUCCCCACUACCCAUCUCUUCGCGCAUUUCUGGCUUUCUUUGACGUGCCUGAGCAGGAGUACCGCGCACCAGAGGCAGAGGAGAUCACGGUCUCCCCGCCGAACGCGGCUCCUAUCAUCGCCUUCCCUGAUUUUGAGCCUGCGGCUGCUGCAACUGCAUUGGCUGCAUUGCGUACCUGGGCUGCUGCCGCUCCUGCCGCAUGA